AGUAACAGUGGCUUGCUGAGUGUAGUUUAUAAGUUGUUUAUUAGUUAUUACGUAAAGAAUGGAUAUUGUGGUAAAAUUGUUACUACUCAUUACUUGCCUCGAACUUAUCAAGCCACUUGUAACGGCGGGACCUUGCCAGUCUUGCCUGAUUUUGACUGAGCUUAUAAAAAAUGGCCACGCAUCGCUCGCCCGCGCGAUGUCCGAAGUUAACAGCACCAGUUUCCUUGGGAUAAGAAGUUUCUCCGGAUUCAUCACCGUCAACAAACGAUACAAUUCCAAUAUGUUCUUCUGGUUCUUCCCUAAAGCUGAUAUGGGAAGGUCACCUUGGAUUAUAUGGUUGCAGGGAGGGCCAGGGGCAUCUUCUAUGAUAGGAGUGUUUGAUCUUAUUGGCCCGAUACAGAUCGUCGAUGGCAAAGUAACUUCUAGAAACGUGACAUGGGCGGAAGAGUACUCCUUGCUGUUCAUAGACAACCCGGUAGGUGCGGGCUUUAGUUUCACUGAUGACGACCGUGGUUAUCCGGAUAAUGAGCAUGACGUAGGCAGUCAAAUGUUCGAAUUCUUGCAACAGUUCCUGCAAUUGUUCCCGGAACUGCACGUAGCGCCGCUCUUCAUAGCUGGCCAGUCGUACGCGGGGAAAUAUGUGCCCGCGCUAGGAAUACAAGUUCAUCGACAUAGGAACACUAGUUCCAUCAAUUUAAAGGGUGUAAUGAUUGGAAACGGGUUAAUCGAUCCGCGAAGCAUGAUGCACUAUGGCGAACUUUGCAGAGUGCUCGGUAUCUUGGAUAAUGACCAGAUAAAGAAGGUCAAGGCACUGGAAAGCUCUGUUGUCCGCUUGAUAGACAACAAAAACUGGACUAUGGCUUCCGAGGCAUUCAACGCAACAAUAGAAUAUAUCAAAAAGAACAGUGGUGUCAGCGUGUACAACUACCAAAACAACCCGGAUAGUUCAGUGCCUAGAUUCGAAGCUUUCCUCUCAAGGCCUGACGUGAGAGAGUGGCUCCACGUGGGCAAUGCCAGCUUCGACUACGAUAAUCAGCUGGUAUACGAGAAGAUGUUGCCGGAUAUCAUGAAGACAACCAAACCAUGGCUCGAGGAGUUGUUGGAGCAUUAUGGAGUUAUGUGCUACAGUGGUCAAUUGGACGUUAUACUUGCGUAUAGUUUGUCCAAAUACACGUACGACUUACUGCAGUGGUCGCGUAGAGAAGAGUACGAAAACGCGAAGCGGAUUCAAUUGCGAAGAACUCCUAAAGACCCGGUUAUAGGGUACUACAAAAGGGGUGGAAACUUUGUAGAGGUGCUGAUCCGGAACGCCGGUCACGGCACCAUGGUUGAACAACCAGUGGCAACCAAGUCUUUAAUGGACCUGUUCAUAAAUCAGUUCAAAUAAACUUUUACGACGCUUA